AAUGCGCGACAGUGGACUACGGUGCUGCGUGUACGUACACAGCAGGCAGGGAAAUCGUGAAAAUGGUCAAAUCGGGGAAACUUCGAUCCGGGUCGGGCUCGAAACUCAAACGAUGGAAGAAGGGACACAGCAGCGACUCCAACCCACAGACGAGUCGACAUCGACAUGCUGCUAAAAGUCGCUUUUUCAGCCGACCGUCCGGACAAAGUGAUCUGACUGUCGAUGCGCUCAAGCUCCACAAUGAGCUGCAGACGGGACCAUUGGAAAUCAAAACAGCGAGCCAGAAAGAUGCGUUCAUGGUGGAUGAGCCGGAUCAGGCAGUGUCUGAGAGGACAUCAGGCACCUUCCUCAGCGGCCUCUCGGAUUGCUCCAACCUGACUUUCAGGAAGGUGCAACGUUUCUGGGAAUCCAACUCGGCCGCUCACAAAGAGAUCUGCGCUGUAUUAGCAGCUGUAACAGAGGUGAUUCGCAGUCAGGGAGGGAAGGAAACAGAAACGGAAUAUUUUGCUGCUUUGAUGACCACUCUGGAAGCAGUGGAUUCAGAAGAGUCGCAGGCCGCAGUGGCGUAUCUGCUCAACCUAACCAUGAAAAGGGUCCCUGCCCCAGUGCUUGUGUCCAAAUUCUCGGAUACCACCAAAGCUUUGAUGGACAUCAUAUCCCAGCAGGCCUCGUCUGAAAGGUCCUCGUCUCUCAGAUGGAUUUUAUCGUGCUUGGCCACUCUGUUGAGGAAGCAGGACGUGACCGUGUGGACUUACCCGUCCACUCUUCAGGUGUACCACGGCUUGCUCAGCUUCACCGUGCACAGCAAACCCAAGGUACGUAAAGCGGCACAGCAAGGCGUGUGCGCCAUCAUCCGAGGGAGCGACUUCAUGUUUGCGGAGAAAGCACCCGCUCAUCACCCUGCUGCCGCGUCCACAGCCAAGUUUUGCAUCAAGGAGAUGGAGCAGGCGGGAGGAAGCAGAGAAGAUACCACCACGCUUCACGUGCUGGGCCUCCUGAAGGAGCUGAUGUCGUCGUUCCCUCUCGGGCCUGUCAAGUCGUGUUGUGAAAUGUUGCUGCGAGUCAUGACGCUCAGCCAUGUGCUGGUGACCGCCAGUGCCAUGCAGACCUUCCACAGACUCUUCAGCGGGAAGCCGAACGCCUCAACCCUGUCACCUGAACUCAACGCACAAAUAAUCACAGCUUUAUAUGACUACCUGCCUAGUGAGAAUGACUUGCAACCUCUUUUGGCCUGGCUUGCCGUCAUGGAGAAGGCGCACAUCCACUUGGCAUGUUUGCAGAGUUCGCUGAGUCUGGGCCACAUGCCUCGCCUCUUUUCGGCCGCCAUGUCCUGCUUGUUGUCCCCUCACGUGCAGGUGGUGUCUGCGGCCGCCAGCAUGCUCAAGACGCUGCUUACCGAGUGCGUGGGUCCACGCAUGGAGGAAAUUGGAAUGGUUUCUGCCACGGCCUCUACAGGAAACCCCUCCUAUGUCUACAAAAUGUUUCGUAUUGUUGAGGAAGGCUUGUCCUAUCGCUUUCAUGCCUCCUGGCCUUUUGUUUUGCAAAUACUUGGCUGCUUCUACAAAGUUGCGGGGAAAGAAGCGCACCCUGUCAUGACCAAGUCUUUGCAGUCACUUGCCGACCUUCGAGCAACUCCUCGGUUCCCGUACAGUGGCGAACUGGAUCUGGCAGUAGGGGGCGCUGUUCAGAGCAUGGGCCCUGAGACUGUGUUGAGAGUAGUGCCUCUAAACAUUACUGGCUAUGAUGACGACCUGGAGUUCCCGCGGAGCUGGCUUGUCCCGGUCAUUCGCGAUCAUGUGAAGAACACUCGCCUGGGCUUCUUCACUUCUUAUUUCCUUCCUUUGGCCUCCACGCUCAAGCAGAGAUCUGAAGAGUUGGAGCAAGCCGGUCAGAAACUGGAAGCCAAAGUCUAUCAGAUCUUACAGCUUCAGAUUUGGACCAUGCUGCCGGGUUUUUGCACAUGCCCCGUGGACUUGGUGGAUUCCUUUAAAAGUAUCGCCCGCGUUCUUGGCGUGGCCAUCAGCGAACGGCCCGACCUGAGGCUCAUCGUCUGCCAAGCCCUGCGCAUCCUCAUCAAUAAGAGCUGCACCACUGAGGAGGAAAAAAACGAAGUGGGCCGCUUCUCCAAGAACUUCCUGCCCAUCCUUUUCAACGUGUACAGCCAGAAGCCUGCCGAAGGAGAGCCUCGAGCCUACAGGAUGGCCGUCUUUGAAACUCUCAAAUUCUACUUGACAGUCACUGAAUUGCAGAUGAUCAACAGUUUUCUGGAAAAAGCCAUCGAGAGAUUGACUGAUACAGAGAGCACAGAGUUUAUCCGGUUGUCAAUGAUGGACCUUGUGGUUGCCAUGGCGCGCUUUUUGGAUCAGCCAACAAUGACAAAGAUAUUUGACCUCAUCAAGCCAUAUUUCGAGAUGAAGAAACCGGGCAUGCAGAAGAAGGCUUACCGCGUGCUGGAGGAGAUGUGCGCGGGGGAGAGAGACGAGUGCAGGUCGUUUGUCGCGGCCAACAUUGAGACUUUAAAGGUGGUCUUGCUGGAGAAUCUGAAAAGUGCUUCAUCGCCAGCAAAAAGACCGCGCCUGAAGUGUCUGAUCCACAUCAUGAAAAGACUCGACAAAGAGCACAAAGACUUCAUCACCUCGCUUCUGCCAGAGGUGAUCAUAUGCACCAAGGAAAUGUCGGCGGGUGCUCGCCAGAGCGCGUACACCCUGCUGGUGGAAAUAGGACACGCAUUUGUGCGCUUCUGCGGGAACGCUAAAGAGGCCAUCCAAGAGUAUCUGCUGCUCAUGUAUGUGGGCCUCACGGGGUCCGUCACGAUGCUCAGCUGCACCGUGUUGGCACUCACACGCCUGGUGUAUGAGUAUAAAGACUUCAUUGAGGCGUCCACCAUGGAGCAGAUUCUGCGCAACGUGUGCAUACUGCUGGCUUCUCGCACCAGAGAAGUGGUCAAAGCGGCACUGAGCUUCAUCAAGGUCAUCCUUUUCAUCCUGGAGCCCAAGACGUUGGCGUCGCACCUCACUGUCAUGUUGGAUGGCAUUGGUAGUUUGACCAAUGAUGCGAUGAGACACUUCAGAGCCAAACUCAAGAAUAUCUUGACCAAGUUCAUCAGGAAGUUUGGGUUUGACUUGGUGAAGAGUAUGCUACCUUUGGGAUACUGCAAGGUUUUGGUCAACAUUCGUAAAACGGAGGCUCGCAAUAAGAGAAAGAAACACGCGGCGCCGCAACAGGAAGAUUCAGACAGCGAAGAGGAGGCUCCCAAAGCCAACAGUAACAGUAUUGAGGACAUCUUGGCGGGGUCAGACAGCGAGCCGUCAGAGGAUGAAGGAAAGGCUGGGAGGAAGAGAAGUGGCGGGAAGCAGCAGAAGGGUCGGGCCUGGCUCAAAGAGGGAGAAGAGGAUGACCCGCUCAACUUCUUGGACCCCAAAGUUUCCCAAAGAGUGCUUGCCACCAACCCCGAAAAGAAGAAGAGUGCCAAAGCAGCGCACGACUUCAAGGUGACGCCAGACGGGCGGUUGAUCAUCAAAGAAGAGGAUGGCGAAGAUGACCAGACAGAUGAUGCCGAGAUGAAAGAUAUUCAAGAAGAAGCUGGAGUGAAGAGAAAAAAGGUACAAAAGGGGAACCUUCGAGAUGACAACUAUGAUGAUAUGGACACAAUGCCACAUCUCAAGUAUAAAGCUGGUGGUUCGGGCAUCCACAGACCUUUGAGAGGCAGCAGAGACUUUGGGUCAGAGUACAAGUCAAAGAAAGGAAAAGGGGAUGUUAAGAAGACAGGCAAACCGGACCCUUACGCUUACAUCCCUCUUCGGAAGGCCCAGCUCAAUCGCAGGAAGCGGGCGAAGCUACAGGGCCAGUUCAAGGGCAUGGUAAGAGGUGCCCAGAAGGGGGCGCUGUCAGGGAGAAAAAUGCAGAAGAGUAAGAGGAGAACUUGAAGAUCAUGGAUGACUCUUCAAUGAUUUAAAUGUGUAAGAGGACAUCAGUUUGUUUUUGAACUGCCUCCAGGAAUACUGAUCCUUCUCUUCACAUUGAGUGUAUGUAGCCAAAGUAAUAUGUAUUUCCUUUCUUGGUCACCUGAGAGCAGUGUUGGCUUGUAGGUGAGAUCAUGUGUGAAUAAAUCCCUUCCAACAUUUAAACUUAAAA